GAAUGUAAGUUGUCGGACACUUUCCACACAAUGUGAUUACGAUAAAUCAGAUUUAUACCUUCGCCUACACAACAAAUUUGCUUGUCGUCGAUACAUUUGCGGACGUAUGGUAGAAACUUUUCGAAAUCGUCCAAAGUAACAGAGCGUUCGAUCUGUUCGUCGUUUUCAUUGUAUGUUUGCACCGGGUGUAAGCCAACUCCAGCUAGGAUCAGACCGUUCGACUGAGCAGCCAGCUUCAGCACUUUGGGUGCGUCUAAUAAACCUUCAGAGACGCUGACUAUGGUUUGAAUGUUGGCCUUUCGAGCAUUGCUUAAUAUGAUUUCAAGGUUAUUCACUGACCCAGGAGGAAAGUUGUCUUCAUGCAAGUGUGCAUGACAGUCAAAUAUGCCAUAAUCUUGCAUCUCAUAAAAUAUGAAGUGGGGCAAGUGGACUGCUCAGCACAGCAUUUAUCCCAAAAAUAUUCGAUUGAACCAUGAAGCGUUCGCGUCCGCGCCAACGCCAACGCCCAGAAGAGCGGUACGAUGUUGACGGAUCUAUCAUUAAGAGCAAGGUGCCAUAUAAGAAAUUAGAUAAUCCGGAAAUGAAAGCAACAGCUUUAAAAGAAGCGCAAGACUAUAUAAAGACAGCAAAACCCGCUCCAUCUGAAAGCCAGCAAUCCUCUGAGCAGCUACCCUGGAGUGAUACAGCCGACGACAUCUUCUUCUCCAAAGAGAAGCGUGGCCUCGCCACAUUCUUUCUCCGGAGAGGCUCACCUAGAUAUGAUGAAUUCAAAGGGUUUUACCGCAAGUAUAGCGGGCUUCGGCAAUGGAAAAUUCGAUCCGAAAACGAGACUAUGUCAGCUACAUCAACAGGGCACGCUUUGAAAGACGAGAGCGAAACAAUCCGAAAUGCUGUGAUCCUGUUUCACGAUUACUAUCGAAAGCAGCAAGCAGCACAAAAGGCAAAAAUUGAAAAGGAUAGAGGCAGCCUGCCUAUAACAAAAUAUGAGAAAGCCAUUGUACAUACACUACGCAAGCACCGGGUGUUGCUAAUCGCUGGCGACACCGGCUGCGGAAAAAGUACACAAGUACCACAGAUGCUGUUGAAAGCCGGCUUUGAUCACAUCGCGUGCACUCAGCCUAGAAGGAUAGCCUGCUCAUCACUGGCAAAACGCGUAAGCUAUGAAACAAUGAACGAGUACGGAUCAGAAAUUGCAUAUCAAGUUAGAUUUGAAGGAACAUCAACUGCAAAAACUAGAGCGUUGUUUCUCACCGAGGUAAGAUAAUCAACUACUGUUUAGUAUUGCAAUCCGGUUUCUCUGAAGCCGAAUGACUUAGGGUCUACUCCUCCGCCAAUAUGCGAAUGAUCCGCAAUUAUCAAAAUAUGAUGUUAUUGUUGUUGAUGAAGUCCAUGAGCGACAUUUGAUAGGGGAUUUCUUGCUUGGUAUCUUGAG